AUGAACUCGCAGCCGGCCCCCAAUUACAACAACCAAACCGCAGCCGGCGGAGGCGGCACCUACACGAUCCAGCCUCGCAUGGACAUGGAAUACCUCUGCGCAGACUGCGGAUCGAAAAAUGAGAUCAGGCCGCGAGAACCCAUCCGUUGUCGAGAGUGUGGGCACCGUAUAAUGUACAAGAAGAGGACAAAACGAAGUGAGUCUCUUUUGUGGUGUCGAGUCUUACGGAAGCUCACCACAGGCGCGAUAGUGGUGCAAUUUGAGGCACGAUAG